AUGGCACUAAGGACGUACUUCAACCGGGAAACUCUUCAAUUUCCCAUCUCAAAAACAAACACCUUUCAUGAAAGCAUGCCAGAAGAAGUAUCAGCACCAAACCUCAACCACUUUUUUCCGUAUUCAGAUGAAAGCUUCUUCCUUUCAAACCCACUUUUUAAUAACUAUUUUGACCCAACAGGUGAUUUUGUCUUCCCUCCAGAGAUCUACCCUCCUUAUGAUCCCAUCAUUCCCCUCACUCGUCAUGAUAUUUUCCCAACUCACGAAGAUUACAAUCUUCUCCCAUGUCCCAAAAGCCAAAAGUAUAACUAUGAACCUGAACCUCAAGAGUUUAUUACACCAUCAGUACCGUCCACUUUCUUAGAAGGGUUUUUUAUGCCUUAUGAUAAUUGUUCCUCCUUGCAAGGAGAAGAACAGCAACAUGAACUCUUCUAUAAUGUUCCACAACAUGAUACUUGUGUGGAUCUUCCUUGGUGUGAGAAGAAAGAUAAAGAGAGAAACAUAUCUCCACAGAGCAUAGCAGCAAGAGAAAGGAGAAGAAAGAUCACUGUGAAGACACAGCAACUCGGAAAAUUGGUUCCUGGUGGACCAAAGAUGAACACGGCUGAGAUGCUUCAUGCAGCUGCAAAGUAUGUUAACUACCUUCAAGCACAAGUUGGGAUGCUUGAACUCAUGAAGUCUCUCGAGGAAGAAAAAACAGCACCUCCUUCUGAAAUUCUACACGAUCUUGUUGUUUCUCCCGUUGUUCAAGAGAAAUUGUACACUGAGGAAAUGUGUUUUGUUCCAAAAGAAAUUGUCACCACUUUGACAAAUCACGAGGAUGUUAAAUCAAGCCCUACCAUCGUUGAGGAUCUUAAACAGCUGAUUGGGACAGACAUUGAGACGAAAGCUAAGUAA